AUGAAGAGCGUAUGCUUUUUACAGCGCUCUCUUAUUGACAUGUAUUCCGAAGUGCUGGAUUUACUCAGUGAAUAUGACUCCUCGUAUGAUACCGCUGACAAUCUGCCAAGGGUCGUUGUUGUGGGUGAUCAAAGUGCAGGGAAAACAUCUGUUUUGGAAAUGGUAGCUCAAGCACGAAUUUUUCCUCGUGGAUCUGGGGAAAUGAUGACACGAGCACCCGUCAAGGUGACUUUAUCUGAAGGCCCUUACCACGUGGCUCAAUUCAAAGACUCUACUCGUGAAUUUGAUCUAUCGAAAGAAGAAGAUCUGCGUUCGUUGCGCUCUGAAAUUGAGGUUCGAAUGAGGAAUUCGGUCAAGGAUGGACACAGUGUUUCUAACGAAGUCAUAGCACUGACCGUAAAAGGGCCAAAUCUAGCACGUAUGGUUUUGGUGGAUCUUCCUGGCGUCAUUUCUACAGUGACAGUUGAUAUGGCUAGAGAAACAAAGGAUGAUAUUAUAAAGAUGAGUCGAACGCAUAUGGAGAAUCCCAACGCUAUCAUUUUGUGCAUACAAGACGGAUCUGUGGAUGCAGAACGUAGCAACGUUACGGAUUUAGUCAGUAGUAUCGAUCCAACUGGCAGGCGAACCAUCUUAGUAUUGACCAAGGUCGAUUUGGCAGAACAAAAUUUGACGAAUCCCGACAGAAUCAAGAAGAUUUUGGAAGGAAAAUUAUUCCCAAUGAAGGCUUUGGGCUAUUUCGGAGUCGUAACAGGCCGUGGCAACAGUGCCGACUCUAUAGAGGAAAUCCGAAGAUACGAGGAAGACUUCUUUUCAAACAGUCGUCUCUUAAAAGAUGGUGUACUAAAACCUUCACAAAUGACCACAAGGAAUAUGUCUCUCGCUGUCUCGGAUUGUUUUUGGAGGAUGGUUCGAGAUUCGAUAGAAAGUCAAGCUGACGCCUUUCGAGCAACGAGGUUCAACCUUGAAACGGAAUGGAAAAAUACUUUCCCACGGAUACGACAAUUGGAUAGAGAUGAACUCUUUGAUAAAGCCCGGGGGGAGAUCCUUGAUGAAAUCGUCAAUCUUUCCUUGGUUACUGCGGAGGAAUGGGAGAAGAAAUUGCAAAAAAAGCUUUGGGAAACCGUUUCCAGUCACGUUUUUGACCAAAUCCUUAUGCCAGCAUGGGUGGUGGAGAACGCAGGAUCGUUCAACACAAUGGUGGAUAUUCGUCUCAAACACUGGGCUGACAAAGAGCUACCACAGAAGAGUGUGAAUUCAGGUUGGGAAACAUUAAGAGAGGUGUUUUCUCAACAAGUGAACCAAGAUGCGACCCGAAGCGAUCAUGAUCCGAUCUUCGACCCACUUAAAGAAGCUGUGAUCCAGGAAGCGAUGUCAACUCAUGAGUGGGACUCCAAAGCGUUGGAUUAUUUGCGCGUAAUCCAGUUGAACGCAAUGGAAGAUCGCGCGGUGCCAGAUCGAAGGUCCUGGGACUCUGCUUGUCAAUUUAUGGGGCAGACUGCUUCAACCAGACUUGCUAUGGUUAACAAACAAUUGAGUGAGGCUCGUGGACCAGGAUGGGUGUCGCGCUGGAUUUUCUGGCAGACUCCAUCAGCGGACAAUCACUUUGCUAGUGCGGUCCAAGAUGAGCUCGCUACAAUGCUCGCCAACGAUCCGGAGCACAAACAAGCAUUGACAGACGAAGACAUCUUAGUAGUUCGGCGAAAUCUUGAAACGAAGGGAGUGAUUGAGGUUCCUUCUGAAACGAUACGACGCCAGUGGAAUCUGAUGUACAAGAAGCACUUUCUAGAAAAAACUAUACAGAGCAGUCGUGAUUGCCCAGCAUUAUAUCAGCAUUACCGCCAAGGGUUUAAUGAAGGUGAUGUUGACUGUCAAACUGUCGUCUUUUUCUAUAGGUGA